AUGUCCUCGGUCGACAUCUCUGCAAUCGAAGAACAUAUGAAAAUGGCCUCCCUAGACGGCCUCAGAGGUUACGCGCAAGAUCACUAUGGCGAGGUUCAACAAUACAGAACAACAGAUUAUGUGCCCAAGUCGGCCGCGGGCGGUUUUCAGGUGCUGCGCGAACCUCUCUGGAACAAAGGUCUCUCUUUUACACCAGAGGAGCGAGUUUCUAAGAACCUGACCGGGUUGAUACCGCACGCCAUGGAAAGCGCCGAGACCCAGGUCGCAAGAUGCAUGAAGAUGAUCAACUCGAGGCAGACCAACAUAGACAAGUACCUGUAUCUGUCUGCGCUUAAGGACCAGAACGUGGACCUCUUCUACCGCGUGCUCAUUGACAAUGUACGCGAGCUCAUGCCCUUGGUCUACACCCCAACCAUUGGCGAUGUCUGCUUGCAGUACUCGACACUCUACACCCGCCCGGAAGCAUUAUAUAUUUCGAUUAAGCAGCGGAAAUCAAUCCGAACCAUCCUCAGGAAUUGGCCGUACCCCAAUCCGGAGAUUUGCGUGGUGACGGACGGGUCGCGUAUUCUGGGCUUGGGCGACCUUGGAGUCAAUGGAGUGGGGAUCUCCAUCGGGAAGCUGGCCCUGUACACCGGAGCAGCCGGCAUCCACCCGUCGAAGACCCUCCCGAUUGUUCUCGACACCGGCACUGCCAACGAGACCAACUUGAAGGACCCUCUGUACCUCGGCCUUCGGGCUAAGCGCCCGUCGCCGGCGGUCGCCCAGGAGUUCAUGGACGAGUUCAUGGAGGCCGUAGCUGAUGUCUACCCUGAAAUGCUUGUCCAGUUUGAGGACUUUGAGACCGAGAAGGCGUUCAACUACCUGUCACGGUACCAGCACAAGUAUAAGUGCUUCAACGACGACAUCCAGGGGACUGGUGCCGUCGUAUUAGCAGGUUACAUUGGUGCCGUCAACCUAUCCGGUGUGCCGAUAGAAGAGCAGCGCCUGGUCUUCAUGGGCGCUGGGUCUGCCGGUGUCGGUGUUGCCAAGCAGAUGGUUGAGUACUACACUCGUCGCGGUCUGUCAGAGCAGGCGGCACGAGAGAAGUUCUGGCUCGUCGAUACUAAAGGUCUCGUUACAAAUGACCGUGGCGAUAAGUUGCCCGAUCACAAGAAGUAUUUCUCUCGUCAAGACAACGGCGGUCACCAAUUCCGCACCCUGGAGGAGGUCAUCGAGUAUGUUCGACCAUCCGCACUCGUUGGUCUGACUGCCACAUUCGGUGUUUUCACCGAGUCCGUCGUCCGCGCCCUCAAGGCAUCGGUUGACGCGGGAGGUUCAGGAAGACGCCCCAUCCUGUUCCCCCUGAGCAACCCCCUCACCAAGGCCGAGUGCACUUUCGAGCAGGCUAUCCAGUGGACAGAGGGUACCGUCAUCUUCGCCUCUGGCUCACCUUUCGCGUCCUUCUCCAUCAAGCAUGGCGACCAUGCCGUGACAUACCAUCCCAACCAGGGUAACAAUGUUUAUGUGUUCCCUGGUCUCGGUCUUGGUGCCAUCCUCUGCAAGGCAUCCAAGGUCACCGAUGAGAUGGUAUACAUUGCCGCCCAGUCGCUGUCGGAAUCUCUCAACGCCGAAGAGAUCCACAAGGGUCUCAUCUACCCGCACAUCGAGCGUGUCCGGGACGCCAGCGUCGUUGUCGCACGCGAGGUCAUGAAGGCCGCUCGCAGAGAAGGUGUCAGCACUCUACCUGAAUCGCAAUGGGUAGAGUGGGAAGAAUGGGGCGAUGUUGCCCUGACGAAGUUCAUCAAGGAGAAGAUUUACGACCCGCUCAAGUAA